AUGGCCGGGGGACCCGCGGAGAUGAAGGUGCUGGGCAUGUUGUGGAAGCAGGCGGCGACCGGCAUCGCCAUCGGCGCAUCGGCGGCCUUCGUGUACUACCAGGCCGUGACCAAGCAGGACGCCAUCAAGAUCGACGCGUACUACGCCAAGCAAGACGCAGCCGCCAAGCAGUAACAAGGAGAGAGAGAGGCAGUCACACCCACUCACUUGCUAGCAGUUCCAAUAUCAAUGACAGCAGAGUCGUGCUUUCUGUCGGUGUGCUCGCUGGGGUUGCGCGUCUCUGUUGGUUGUCUUUAGUCUGGUUUUGUCUCUACAUGCGUCCGGUGAUGCUGCCGUGAGGCGGCUGUCGUUGUUUUUUUAUCUGGUGUUUUUGUGCGUAGAGGGAAGGCAGAGGCCGGCUCGUGCUGGAGAAGCAAGGUUCGCGCGUGUACCGUGGAAAAAUGUCGGCGAAGGGCGUGUGCGUCGGCACUGCUGUCGGCGAUUGUCCAGCGGCUCGAGGGUUGGGGGCUUCCACCGGUUGGAGCUGCUCGUAUUUGUUUGGGAAAAAAGUUCGGAACCAACGGUAGCGAAGGAUCUCGGGCGCCCCUUUGGCCGUCAUGCGUGCAAGCGAGGCAGAAAAGUCGUGCUUUCUGAAGACGUGGGGACGAGUGUCCUUGAACGUUGCUUGCAACGAAGCCUACUAGACUAUAAAGUAAAUCAAAAACACGAAUGAGAGGGGAUUCUUUGGGGGGCUCUGUUGAAUGCCGUACAUCUGAUCAUCUCCAUGU